AUGCGGGCGGGUGGAUGGGCUCCAUGUGCCUGCUCCAUGCCUCGCUCACCGAGUCGCUACUGGGCAGAAAUUUCUGACACCGUCAUCUCGGGGACAUUCCGGCAGUGGAAGGAGGGGACCACCAGAAGUGAGAUCUACUAUCCAGGCGACACCAUCGUGCACCAGGCGGGAGAGGCCACAUCAGUGCAGUGGAGUGCAGGCACCUGGAUGGUGGAGUACGGCCGGGGCUUCAUCCCCUCCACGCUCGCCUUCGCCCUGGCUGACACCCUCUUCAGCACUCAGGACUUCGUCACCCUCUUCUACACCCUGCGUGUCUACGCAAAGGGCCUGCUCCUGGAAGCAAAUGCCUUCUUCACCACCUUUGGGUGCUGAGCCCGUCUCACCAGGGCACCCUGCUGAGCCCGGUUGGCUCCUUUCCUCCCAGUCGUUUUCUCUUCCUCCCCGAGCCCAGGUUCUAGCAGAGGCAGCAGGAGAUCCCCUGUGCCUUCCCCAAAUUGUUCUGUCCUUUCCCCGCAGGCCAACAGGGUGCCAGGACAGAGGGACCUUGGCAGUCACAGCAACACAGAACGUCAGUUCUCUUUACUGCCUGCCCGUCCCUCCUUUCUAUCGGAGUCACGUCCUGCUUUUCCAUCCCUCGGGGCUGGAGUGGCCUUGCAGUGUACAAACACCCCUGUGUGCCCUCAGCAUGCAGUGGGAGAGAAGCUGGAGCUGGCUGUCCCCGAGCCCUGAAAGAUUUCCUCAGCUCCUGAGACACCAGGGGAGUGAUGCUGCCCUCGGGGCAGGGUGCACAGGGUAGAGCAGACCAGCGCACCCAUUGCAGAGGUCGGCCCCUCAGUCCCCCCUGUCUCUGGCAGCCUGCCGGGACUGCGGGCAGCGCAAAGUGCUGUGUCCAGCUGGCAGCAUCUCCCGUGGCUCCAUCCCUGCUGAUGUGGGUUGGCAGCACACAGUGUCACCCUGGCACAGGGAAGGAUCUGUGCUGAGACCCCCUGGCAGUGGGGGGAUGCCCGGUUUCUGUGCUGGAGAGCCCCGUGCUCCCCUGUGUGUCAUCUGCCCUGGGGCAGCUGGAGCUGGAAGAGGGUCACUUCCCCACAGUCCUCUCCAGGCAGUGCCCCCCACGGGGGAAACCCACCGUCUGUCGCCUUAAUGGAGACCCCGUUCUGCGUGGCCUCUUGGCUAUGCAGGCACCUAGUGUUCUCGAGUGCCCAAAUGUCUGUACUAGCUCAGGAUGGGAUCUCGCCCCUCAAAACGCUUCCCCUGGCUGUGAGACCCCCUGGGGACAGCCACUCUGCUCGGCUCCCGGCAUGGGAUCCCGGCUGCCAAGAGAGUGCUGUAAUCCUCCAACCAAACCCAGAUGUGCACCCUGCUUGUGCCCCUGUGGUCAGACCUGUGUGAGCUCACUGCUUGGUGGAGGGCUUUCACCUCCAUUCUGCUGCCAAACACGUGAGUGUGUUCUGGCCACCCAGGCCUGUAGCAUGUUGAUUCUCCUGCUCCCCAGACUGUCCCUGUUCUGCUGACCAGCAGCCCUGCACAAGGGCUAGUUCUUAAUUUGCUACCUGAAAAGAGAUACCAGUAAUAAAGUUGUUCAUCCCACA